GUGGUAAUCCUUUCAAUUGGACCAAUGAGUCACAUAGUGUAAUCAAUAUUGCAGAUAUUCGCGUCACUUUCAUAUAUGCGGGAUGCACCCCACGACUCCAUUAUGCACCGCUACAUCUGAAAGUGGGAAGAAGCAGGUGGUGACUGGUGCAUAUGGUGGCAUUGCGCGGUCGUGGGACAUGCGAAGCACGGCAUGCAUUGUGACCAUGAAAGUGUUUGCGGUGCCACAACUGACAUUGGUAACAUCCUUGUAACGUUCGCCGUUACAGUUUACCCCCCAACCGCUUGGCCUGGCUACCAGUAGUAGUUGGCAAGCUCAUGCGGGCGACGGGCAUAGGAGCAGGCCUUUUAAUUUUUUAUGCACCUGGUCGGUGACCGCAUCUGCCGCAUCCCAGAAGGACUCGUCGAGUGCAUCCGGCACAUUAUUGACGCCUUCAAGAAGAU